AUGCCAAACAGACCUUUGAGAGUGCGCGCCCAGUCUCCAGAUGGCAAGUUAUCUUUUCGGUGGAAGCCACCUUAUGGAGCAGGCUUCAGGGGUCCACGCAGCAGAUCCCAAGGUUACCUCCGUGGGUACGGAGAGAGCAGCCGAAGGAUGAGCUAUGCUUCACUCCUGCAAGAGCGACAAAACCAGGAAGCAAGAAAACUAGCCUCUGAGCCAGUUCAUGUGGUUUCGCUGCCAUCAAGGAGCUCCCAAGGACGGAGCCAACCUGUCUAUAGGUCAUCUUUAACUAAAAGAAAAGUGACAGAGGAGGAAGAGGUGGAGGUGGCACAAGACAUAACUGUUCGAGUUAUGUCCUCUCAAUCUGUGCUCGUUGCUUGGACAGACCCACUGUAUGAAAAACAGAAGGUUGCAGCGAAUAGGCAAUACAAUGUUCGCUAUCGGGAAAAGGGAGAAUCAGCAAGGUGGGAUUACAAGCAGGUGUCCAACCGACGGGCGCUGGUGGAGAAUCUGGUGCCAGACACCAUGUACGAGUUUGCUGUCCAAAUCUUGGAGGGAGAAAAGGAAGGCAAAUGGAGCGUGUCUGUUUACCAACGGACCCCAGAGGCAGCUCCUGCCAGUGCACCUGAAAAUUUGGAUGUUUGGCCACUAAAGGGGAAGCCAACCUCCGUAGCAGCAUCUUGGGAUGCUCUCCCAGAGAGUGAAGGAAAAGUCAAAGAAUACAUUCUUUCAUACGCCCCGGCUCUCAAACCAUUUGGAGCAAAGUCCAUCACCUACUCUGGAGCUACAACAUCAGCCAUAAUAGAUGGUCUGCAGGCUGGGGAGCGCUAUAUUUUCAAAAUUCGUGCAGCAAACAGGAGGGGACCAGGUCCUCAGUCUAAAGCCUUCAGUGUCGCCAUCCCAGCAGCUGCUCAUGAGGAGUCAGUUGCUCAGCAACAAACAAGUAUUCAAGAUAAUUCAGAGGUUAAAAAAACUGUGACUGCUGCCUCAUCUCCUUCUCAAACUUCUGUUUCUUCAAAAGUCCAGCCAUCACUUUCCUCCAAGCAGUCAUCUGUUCGUUCACCUAAUGUUAGUGAUAAGAAGAGUCUUCUUUCUGAAUAUAAGAAUAAAGUCUUGACUCGAGGAGUUCUAAGUAAAUCUCAGUUGCCUUCUAGAAAGACAGGAGAGCUGGAACCUGAUCUCCAAUCCACUGAGGUGACAGAUGAUCGUGAUCCCUCCCAAGAAAUUCCAACGAUGCCACCAAAAGCCCAGGAUCAGAAGAGGAAUGUUAGACCCUUCUCCCCUAGUCGGCCAGUCCACCCUGUCCUUGCCUCAGGGAGGACCUCUGUUCGAACCCACACAUCAGAGGUGUCACAGCAGAUGAGCACAGAGAAACAUGAGCCACCAUCGUCAGCACAACACUCUUCUGCCUUGUCUGGUCCCAAAUAUACAGAUAAUGAAACAAAGCAACUGAGGCAAAGCAGCCUUAAUGUGCCUUCUCAAGCCUCUUCCCAUACUCUGCCUGUCAAAAAUAAUGAUCUUGUAGGUAGUGUGGAAAGAAAGCCAGACACCAUGCCGGUGAAAAUGUCUUCUAAAACUUCAGAACCUAGCCGCCUGGCUUUGCCAUCAAAUCGGCAGUCUGCUGUCUCUCAUGAGGUUGUCCAAAGCCAUCCUAGUAGGUCUGGGUCUCUAGGUCAUUCACAUCAACCCUCUUCCAAAUCAGCAGAUUCCCAUGCUCGUGAUAGCCGUAAUGAGUUUGGCAGUGAGGAAGCAGAAGACAGAGGAGGACAGACCAGUUCUAGGUCACAACAAACAAGGCUUCCCUCAGGCUCCAGCUCUCGCACAUUGAAGGAUUCAAAAUUAGCUGCAGUGGCAGUCUCAUCAAGGUCUGCUGUUUCUGGUCACACUCGCUCCUCCACCAGUGCCAAAUCUGACAGAAAGGAUGUUGAUAAGAAUUACAGGGAGGACUCACAAAAUGGAAACCCGUUAUUUCCUUCUCUACCCUCUUCCAGGCAGUCUUCUUCAGCAAUCUAUUCCAAGAGAAGAAAUCCUCAGGUCGAUUCUGAUUCUCACCUCAGAGACACACACAGUGAAAAGUCAUCCCACUCUGACUCAGAAGAACAACGAAGUCAAGCAGCUGCUCCAGAAAAGCAUACUCUUUUGCAAUCUUCUCUUUCCAAACAUAAGUCUGAAGAGCAGGACAGUCGAGAGGUAAAAGAAAUGCUUGCUCAAUCAAAACCAAGUGUAUCUUUACCUAAAAAGACACUUCCCUCUCGUCUUCCAUUGGAGAAGACCUCUCACUCAGAGCCUCCACAGAGGGCACAAACCAGUCCUUCGUUACUACAUUCAAGGGGCCGUCGGCUCCCAUCUCACGUCUCAUCCCAGAGUAACGAAGAAUUGCAGGAAGGUGAUGAUGGGGAUAUAACAGAAGGGAGUGACAGAGCAAGCAGCCACUCAGUGUUUCCUAAAAAGGUGUCCUCUUCUAGGGGAUUACCUGCAUCUUUCUCUCAGGGAAGCUCAAGUUCAUCUCUAUCAAAGCAACAGCAGACAGGUUCUCAGGUACCUUCCUACAAACCAAAACUUACUCAGCCAUCCUCCAGUUCUGCCAGUGAUGCAGCAAAAGACAACCGGUAUAAUCCAAGGUUGUCAUCCACUUCUUCGAGACAAGCUCGUCCUUCAUUACCUGCUCGCUCAAGGGUCACUACAAGAACAGAGUCCCAAACAGACAAAAAAUAUAGCCUAUUGCCCUCAAAAAUGUCCAAAGCUGAACUUCCUCAAAAAGUUCCUUCGUCCUCUUCAACUAAAUCUCACCAGUCAGUUUCUGAUGAAGAGGAUGAUUAUUACAGUGAAUAUGAUCAGAAAGAAAUGGAAGAGAAACCCUCAUCCUUGGCAGCAAAAUGGUCCCCUUCUGUUUCUAGAGGUAACAAGAACACAUACGAUGACACUACUAGCAAUAAAAGGAAAUCUAUGGACACUCUUCUACCUCACAAAGUAAGCUCUGAAGAGGAAGAGAAGGAAAAAACCCCAACAUUAAAAAUAUCUUCUCCUGAGUCACCAGGAAGUUCUGCCGUAGCAUCACGGAUUACUCAGUCCUCUAACAAACAUACCCCGUCUAAACCAAGCUUUGUCUGGCCACGUUCUUCUGCAUCUACCAUGACACACACUGUUUCUCCAACAGUUUCUUCUUCCACUCUGUCCCCUCGCCAGCGACUGUUGAACUCAAGGCUACGGAACCCUUCCCAACGGCAAUUUGUUCGACCUCCUUAUAGGCAAGGUUACAACAGCAGACCUAAUCUUACAAUGAAAAAUGGAAAUGGAAAUGGAAAAAUAAUACCUGGUAAUAAUGGAAAACCAAGUGGACAGAGAGUAAUCAAUGGCCCUCAAGGAACAAAGUGGAUUGUAGAUCUUGACCGAGGACUCGUGUUAAAUGUUGAAGGAAAAUACCUCCAAGAUUCCCAAGGCAACCCUCUCCGAGUGAAAUUAGGAGGAGAUGGACGUACAAUUGUUGAUGAAAAGGGUGCCCCAAUGGUGAGUCCCGAUGGAUUACCUUUGUUUGGACAUGGCAGAUUUAGUAAACCUGUAGCGAGUGCACAAGAUAAACCAAUAAUAAGCCUUGGAGGGAAACCUCUGAUUGGUCUUGAAAUGAUUAAGAAAACAACCACUCCCUCAACUACUACUACUACAACAACACCCCCAACAACUACCACAACAACUACUACAACCACUACAACAACUGUUGCUACAACUACCACCACCACUCCUGAACCAACCACCACUGAACCACCCACUGAGAAGCCACCCCCAACCUGUCCUCCAGGCACUUACGGACACUAUGAUGACGAGGGCAACUUGCUGUUGGGAUUUGAUGGCCUGCCAGAGUGCAAUGCAGAAGAUACAUUCUCAGGACUGGAUUCAGAUGUGACAGCAACUCCAGAGGCAUAUGUGAUAUACGAUGACGACUAUGAAUUUUUUGAGAGCACUUUGCCAUCAACCACCACCACCAUCACCACCACCACUGCUUCUACAACGACAGAAUUGGAUGUUGUCUAUCCAGAGACUAGUGAUGUUGGCACCGGCCCUGUGUCAGAAUAUGAUAUUGCUGGGAAGAAACGGUUCACUGCUCCUUAUGUGACCUAUCUCAAUAAAGAUCCAGCAGCCCCCUGCUCCUUGACAGAGGCCCUGGAGCACUUCCAAGUGGAAAGCCUCGAUGAAAUAAUCCCUAAUGACCUCAGAGAAAAAGAUCUGCGUCCCCUUAAAGCCCCUCACAACAUCACUGUUGUGGCAGUUGAAGGCUGCCACUCCUUUGUCAUUGUUGACUGGGCCAAACCUGCUCGAGGAGACAUGGUAACAGGAUACCUGGUUUACAGUGCAUCCUAUGAUGACUUUUUAAAGAAUAAGUGGUCAACCAGAACUGCAGGGACUACUCAUUUGCCAAUUGAGAACCUGAAGCCCAACACACGUUAUUAUUUUAAAGUCCAAGCAAAGAAUCCUUUUGGUUAUGGACCUGUUAGCUCUUCAGUCUCAUUUAUCACAGAAUCUGACAAUCCUCUCCUCAUUGUCAGACCACCUGGUGGUGAACCUAUCUGGAUCCCAUUCACUUUUAAAUAUGACCCCACCUAUUCAGACUGCAGUGGAAAGCAGUAUGUGAAACGAACUUGGUACCGCAAAUUUGUAGGAGUCGUUCUUUGCAACUCCUUAAGGUACAAGAUUUACCUCAGUGAUGACCUGAAAGACACCUUCUACAGCAUUGGGGAUAGCUGGGGAAGGGGCGAAGACCACUGCCAGUUUGUGGAUUCACACCUGGAUGGAAGAACGGGACCUCAGUCAUAUGUUGAAGCCCUGCCCACCAUCCGAGGGUAUUACCGCCAGUACCGCCAGGAGCCUGUAUCAUUUGGACGCAUUGGACACACAACACCCUACUACUAUGUGGGCUGGUAUGAGUGUGGUGUGCCCAUCCCAGGGAAAUGGUAGCAGUCUGCCUUCCUGUCUUAGGCAGACCAUGCUUUUCAAAUUAUUUCUACCAGCGGACUGUGAGCAACUGAUUCAGAAAAG